UCUGAUACCACCCCCCCUCUGUCUCUCCUCAGCUGAAGACCACGCUGACACACAGAUCUUCCUCUACCUGUAUAUCGGCUGUUUGGUGGUCAGCUCCUGUUACACACUGAUCUGGGAUCUGAAGAUGGACUGGGGCCUGUUUGACCGGAACGCAGGGGAGAAUACCUUCCUGAGAGAGGAGAUAGUGUACCCACAUAAGGCCUAUUACUACAGUGCCAUAGUGGAGGAUGUGCUGCUGCGCUUCUCCUGGAUUCUGACCGUGUCCCUCAGCACAGUCUCUGGGCUGCACGGCAUCUCCGACAUCCUGGCCACUGUGCUGGCCCCAAUGGAGGUCUUUAGACGUUUUGUGUGGAACUUCUUCCGAUUGGAGAACGAACACCUGAAUAACUGUGGUGAGUUCAGGGCCGUCAGAGACAUCAGCGUGGCUCCGCUCAACGCAGACGACCAAACGCUGCUGGAGCAGAUGAUGGACCAGGAGGACGGGGUCCGGAACCGGCAGGGCAAGAAGAACUGGAAGAGGAGCUACAGCAUGAGUCUACGCAGGCCGAGGCUGGCCUCUCAAUCCAAGACCCGGGACACCAAGGUUCUGAUCGAGGACACAGACGAUGACUCCUGACAUCAGGCCACGCCCCUCGCCUGGGUCCAGAAUUUAUUUAAAGGAGGAAACUCCACCUCCUAACCGAGAAUUCACCCAGCGAGUCGGGCGUAGAACCCUCCACCAAGAGGGAUUCUAAAGCUACGAGAUAUGAGCCUCUACAUGGUUCCCUACUGUUUGAAGUAUUUCAGCGGAGCAACACCCCCGCACCACGGCCAUCAAUCUAUUUCUCCCACAUUCAAUAAUAACUAGGGGGGCUCCUCACUGAGAAUCUACCUUAUCGCAGCAGUGGGUGAAGAACUUCUCUUUCUUUCAUCCACACCCCCAGAGGUGGACCUAUAACUACACCCACUGCUCACCCUUUGCUUGGGCUGUGAGUCUGAGCUGAGGACCAACAGGCCUCUGACAGGAAGUGCUCCUGCUUCCAAAAGCUUCAGUGAUUGGUCUCCACCUGCACCACACCUCAUGAGAGAAGAGUGGACUUGUAAAUUGGCCUUUUUUUUUUCCGCUUCCCUUCAAAUCAUCACAGAGCUGCCUACCUGCACCUUACAUGCUUUAGAAACACACACACACACACACACACACACACACACACACACACACACACACACACACACACACACACACACACACACACAUACACACACACAUAUUUAGAAAGAUGCACUUUGUAGAUGUGAAUUGAAAUGGACUUGGUUCACACAGACUUUGGUGUGUUGUAUUGUUCAUGGAUGUGCACAACUUGACCAUUCAUCUUUUUGAGACCCAUGGAAGAAGAAAUAUUCCCAAAGUGUUGCAAAUAUUUGUAACCGUGGUUUUAAAUACAAGACGGACCAAGUUAGGGGGCAGUAUGAAAGUACUUAGAAAGUAAUAUAGUACAUCCUGUUCAGACUGCAUGGACCAGCGGCCGUGAGCUGAGAGGAACCUUUCUUUUGUUUCUGGAAGAAAGAUGAAGACCUGCGCUAACUCCUUUGUCCCCCCAUGUUGAUAAAGUAUCCUUCAUUUAAAAAAUGCUUUUACUGAAUGUAUGCCAACCUAUUUAUGUAUGAGCGGGAGAGGUGCCUAAAUACCACCAGUCCACGCUUCCGGGCCCAUUACCAUCCUGAGAGCUCCGAUGAGUUCUAGGAACAUCUUCUGUUGUGCCCUGCCGUAUCGAUGAAGCCUGAAACAGUUAUUGUCUCCUGGGAGAGGGUUGGUUGAAAUGUGCUGACGAAGAAAAGGGGAGCGCACCUGUCUGUCACAUGCUGGUUCAAACAGCUUCUUCUGGCUGUGGAGUGAAUGUGAUGGAAUGUGUUUACAUGAGAUGCAUGCUAAUAUACCUCAGUUCCCUUUAACACUCCGCUUUGCUCCUAACACAUAAUGUUGGAUGAAAUAAAUAAGGUUUUUGUCAUUUUAAUGUAUGUUCAGUGUAAAUGUGGUAUUUAACACAUUUAGUCAGUCUACAGUAAAUUCUCCAAUAGUGGCUCUGGCCUUAAUUACCUAAGCAUCUUCUACUGUAUAAUAAGGACAGGUACAUGUGAUAACACUGGAGGAAAUGUUUCUAAUAGAGUGAGUUGUUGCCACACUAAUGCUCGUGCUGUGCUCUGAGACAACGGCUUGAAGCAGUGGAGGAGCUUUAACUUUUUAUUUCUUCUCUCUGUUUAAAUGAAUCAGCCUGUGACGGGGUUCUAUUGGUCCGUUUGGCUUAGUCGGUUGAAUUAAGCUCCAAAAACUUUAUUUAUAACAGCCACAAAAAAAGAUAUACUGUUUGACAAAAGGGAAACAGUAUAACUUAAAUAAAACCAAAGUUUACCAAAUGAGGUUGUCUAUCCCUCUAAACACAUCCUAGAUGUUGCCUUCACUCCAACAAUCUCCCGAAUGAGUCUUCCAGGGCCAACACCGUCCCUUUUGAACCCAUAGCCCCUCCCCACAGGCUCACCGUCAACAGGUUACACAAUUAACUCAUUUUCCACAUUCCCUUUGCUGGGGAGACGGCGGCGAAACUCCGUUCGCUGCCCGUCACGUAAGUAUCGUGUAAUAUAGUUAAAUGUAUGUUUAAAUAUUUGUAGACUCACAAGCGUGCACUCAUGGUCGCGCUACAGAAAUGGAGCGGGAAAAGGGAUGUGUGUGUGUGUGUGUGUGUGUGUGUGUGUGUGUGUGUGUGUGUGUGUGUGUGUGUGUGUGUGUGUGUGUGUGUGUGUGUGUGUGUGUGUGUGUGUGUGUGGGCCAGUGGCGGAGUCAGUCACUCUGUGAUCCACUCCGUCACACAGCCGUUUAACACAAAGCAUGGUGUUUGAUGCAGCGUGUGGAGUCAGUGAGGGCGAAUGGACUGAGCUGAUCUCUUCAGAAGCUGACUCCCACUGUUCUUGUGACAGUCUGUCGCUCAGAACCGGGAGCUGCAUAACGUCUAACAUUGUAUUCUUCAUCUUGAUUCAGUCCUUCAUUCAUCUGUGAUGUUAAACACUGGAGCCUGUUAUCAUCCAAUGGGAUAUAGUUGAAAGGUUAAUAAGUUGAAUCAUUUAAAGAAAACUAAUGAUUGAACUCUCACUAUUGUGAAGGUCUUUAUCUUCCUAUUCAGUUCAUUUGAGAAAUAACCUAUUCAUAACCGCUUUGAUCUCCCACUGCAACAUUCCCAUAUCUUCUCCACUUUUCUUAUUGUGAUUGUGCAAGAUGUGACAUUCUACAUGAAAUGGAACAGUGUACAGUAUGUCAUGGUUAAUAUUAAAUUAAAUGUUUUGGUAAAUAGUAAAAACCAAGCAAUAUUUGAUAGGUGAAGUUCUGGCUUUUCAGCAGAGGGGAAAGGCAGAUUAGAAAGAGUACGGGAUGAGAGGCAGUUGAUCACAUGGGUGCAAAUGGAUGAUAGAACUCAACUACUCAAAUCAUCUUAGUCAUAUGAUCUUUGCUGGUUGCAACAGGCCACUAAACAGCAUCUUUAGGGUUUUAUCUCUUUCUUCGUAACACACACAUCUUUGUUGUGUUUUUGCUGCAUCUUGAUAAUCUGCUCCGUUUUACCUGAUAGCCUCUUGUCCCCCCUAGAGUACAAA